GACUUUAAUUACAUCAUACUUCACAAUGGCUCUUCAUCGUGUCCUCACUCUUUUGAGUCUUUGGUUAGGCCUGGCUGCAACCGUUCAGGCUCAUAUUUACAAACGAGCUGUUUCUUCUGAACCUCUCCCACCCAGUGAGGAUCCAUGGUAUACCGCCCCAGAAGGCUAUGAGAAUAAAGAACCCGGUACUGUUCUACGUCUACGCCCUGCACCGGGCAACUUGACCCGUAUCACUGGAAACAGUUCUGCGACGUAUAAUAUUCUGUACCGCACGACGGAUAGCCAGUAUAAGCCUACAUGGGCUGUUACGACGCUUUUUGUCCCUAAGCUUGGAGCGAACAGCACUGCUGCGACGCUGUUCAACCAGAGUGCUUUGAUCUCAUACCAAGUUCCCUAUGAUUCAGCAGACGUCGAUGCUAGUCCCAGUUACGCAGUGUACUCGGCCGAUGGCGUUAGUAGUCUUGAACUCUUCAACGCUGCUCUAGGUCUUGGCGUUUUUCUCAGCGUUCCUGACUACGAAGGUCCUCUUGCUUCAUUCACAGCAGGUGUCAUCUCCGGCCACGCAACACUCGACUCAAUCCGCGCUGUUCUUUCUCUUGGUCUAGGUCUUGACUCAACGAGCGCCCGUGUUGCACUUUGGGGAUAUUCUGGUGGCGCGUUGGCUAGUGAAUGGGCUUCUGAACUUGCUGUGCAGUAUGCGCCUGAUCUUCAAGACACUGUCGUUGGUGCUGCGCUUGGCGGUUUGACACCAAAUGUUACUGCUGUCUUGGAUGCUAUUUCCGGCAAAGACGCUGCCGGUCUUGCUCCAAGUUCCAUUCUUGGUUUGACAAGCCAGUAUCCAGACGUACAAAAGUACGUUCUCUCGCAGUUGAAGACCGAUGGAGAAAACAACAAAACCGCUUUCUUGGCUGCAGAGAACUACACCCUUGCUGAAGCAGGCGCUGCUUUUGCAGGAGUCGAUAUCUUCGACUUCUUCAAAGACGGCGAGAAAUUAUUCCGCGAUCCUCGCGUACAACGCAUCGUCAACCGUGAUGGAAUAAUGGGCUACCACGGCGUUCCCCAAUGGCCCAUCUUUGCGUACCAGGGUAUCAAAGAUGAGAUCAGCCCAAUCGCAAACACAGAUAAACUCGUCGAGCGAUAUUGUGCUGUAGGCGCUAAUAUCUUGUAUCAACGAAACACUGUUGGCACGCACUCUCAGAACUUUGUGCUUAAUGCUGCUACAGCUAUUCAGUGGUUGGCUACUGUUUUGACUGGGCAGUACGAUAAGACGUACAAGACUGAGGGAUGUACUAUUCAGAAUGUUACGAGGAAUAGCACUGCUCUUCCGUUGAAGAAGAGGGGUAUGCCUAUGAGAGUUUAUGAUCUGUGGUGAUAGAUAGAAGAGUGUUAUGAUGUUUGGAUCUGGUACUGACAUGAUGGAGUUCUGUGUUACGGUCGAUUGCUUGCUCUACAUAACGUCGUCUAUUAUUCUAUUAGUAAAUAUUAAUGCUAUUUCUAUGCUGAGACUUUCUAU